CAACCCAUUACCAUCGCCACCAGCAUUUCAUACCGUUCAUCAGGUGAUGAUCGCGUCGGAAGAUCUCACAGAUGGCGAAAUUAGGCCCUCGUAUGAUGAAAUCGGUGAGGGAGGCCGCAGCACGUGCGAGCAGACACAAGGAAUCUCAGGUGCGAUGGGGCGCCGACUCUAGGUAUCCUGUGACGCAGAUUCUUGCGGAUUGCUUAAAGGGAAAAGGAAGGGUGAAAAGCUUCAUAAAGGAAGCAAACAUAGUCAGUCCAGAGCUUGGUGAUCAUAUUCUGCAGCGCAUCGCACCUUUUCUCCGUCGCAAUGCGCCAAUGGAUAUUCUCGAUCUAUGGCCAGGUCCUGGGCUUUUCUCUUCGCAACUCAAUGAAUUCCUCCGUCCGCGUCGGCAUGUCAUGCUGGAGCCCGACUUAAAGCUCUGGGGUCAAUUCCUGGACCCAAUAGCCAAGGGCCGGGAGUGCUACAAAGUGGUCGAGACAAAUCCCUAUGAUAUUAUUUUCUGGGACAAGUUUCUGUCAGAACACUUCCCGGAGCAGGGACCUGAGAAUAUUGAUAAUAGCGGCCCACUACCCCGUAAUGAUACCUUGCUGGUGCUCGCCAACUUGCCGAGCCCAGUCACGAAGAGGGAUCACAAGACUGGAAGCCGAUUUGUGUCUAGAUUUAUGGAAGAAUGCCUGCGGCAAGUAGGCUUUCAUACAUACGGAGCUGUUCGUCUGUUGGCUACGCUGCCUCAGGAGGAUGCUAAAUCCAUGGUCCCCCGCGAUGCCGGCCAGCGCAAACGAUGCGCCCUCUUUACUGAGAGCGUCGCUCUGCACAACAUCGAGGUUGCUACACACCGCGAAGAUAACUAUUGGGUUCACGUCAAAGGUUUCACUUACGUUAAGGACGAACGUCGCCGUGUUACCGAAGAAGCAUCGGCAAGGGGCUUUGCGCCUAUUCCUGGCCGUGAUUUCCCUCCUUUAGUUACUGCCCCAGAUGUUGGUCACCUUGGUCGCUUUCCCCACAAGUUGGCUCCUUACGAGCCUCGCAUCUUGACCGAUCUUCAUUCAAGUCUGCUCGAGACAAUCCAAAAGCCUGAUAACAUGUCGCCCGACGAAGCCGGUUAUCGUGAAGCCUCGCUGGCUCGCGGCCGCGCCAUCACUCGGAUCAACAUUGACAACGGCGAAGCAAGCCUCAAGUCACAGAUAACCAGGAAGUAUGUGCAGGUUGAUGAAUUGAGCAAGAGUGUGGCCCGUCUAGCCGCUCGCGCAACCACCACCCGUGCGGACCUGGAGCCGCUCGUUUCGGAGAUGGCUACCUUGAAGCAAGCCAUUGACGACGAUAUUGACAAACUUCAGACGAAACACACGCCUCAGGUGCGGUCUAUGCAUGAUGACAUCCGCUGCCGGCCUUUCAAUGACAUGCCGGCUGUACUUUCCUGGGAUCGCCGGCCCUUUGAACCGCUCCUCAUCGAAACCCAUGAAACAUACCCACGGGGGGACAAGUGCAGCAUAGUCUACUUUGAACCGGACUCGAACUCCCCCGUGGCGGAAAAGUACUACUCCCUAGACAUCGACGCACGCAAGGAGGCCUUCGACUUGUUUGAAGCAUUCAGUCUUGCCCAAUAUCGCGGCCGGAAAGAGCUCACCUUCGAUGAGAUGCUAUCAUUGAUCUUCCCCGGCCGAUCGACCAACGACUGCGUGCGCGCCAUCCCCAGCCUGGCGCAGCACGCAGUACGCACUCCAAAGCCCGACUUUGACUCCCUGCCCAAGACCGUCAUCCCCGCCGCAAACCCCGGCGGCGGCGGCGCCACUACCACCGAGCCCGACCCCGCCGUGUGCUAUCAGGAGAAUCUUGACUACGACCUCACAGAUGUCCGCAUGCAGGGCGUCUCCUGCUCAGUUUUGUGGGAUAUUUGUAUUGCUUAUGCGACUUACGAGCAGCGUCCGUCGAUCACGCAACUCAAUCGAGCCCUUGGCGCCACACUAACAGUAGCACGUGUUGGUUCCGACCUUGAAUCCCAUAAAAGGUUACACUAA